AGUGGCAUACAAGGUCUCAAACUGAGUAAACCCAGGAGUAGAGAAAAUACAUGUAUUUUUCCUGUAUAGCCUGUGUACGCCUUUCGGUGCCAGAACUAGAGAAGCCAGCUUGCUUCCGUAUGUGAAUCAUUGCUCAAGCAGCCUGCUUCUUCGUGAACUGUGGUUUUCCUCUGAAGGAAGAACAGAAAACACUGAAUUACUCAGUCUGCUAUACACACAUGCUGACACCAAAAAGAAAAGAGCGCUUCCAUUAUGAGAAAAGCGAAUAUCCCUCAAGUCGGAUCUGGGAUGAAGACUUCUGCUCGUAAUAUGAAUGCACAGAGCAAUAAGGGACAGAGCAGCCAUGGGACAGAUCGGGCCAAAUCCAUUCCAACAAUUGCCUUUGGGAUGAAGACCUCUAGGUCAACCAAUUCUCUAGCGUUUGAGUCCCGGCUGAGCAGGCUGAAAAGAGCAAGCAGUGAUGACAUGCUCACAAAGCCAGGGGGCAGUACAGCUGCAACUACCUCCAGACUGAAGAAGACUAUUACUACAGGUGCCAUCUCAGAGCUGUCAGAGAGCAAGUACAGAAGCACCACAGGUGGGGUCUUGGCUACUAGGAGGACUGGUAUACCAACUCCCCGUGAUCUGCCAACACCAAUAGCAAGAGAUAGGACAACUUUACGACCUCCAACUACUACUGCAUCUAAAAAAACACUACCAAGUCCUACAUCUCCUAGUACUUCUACACCUGCAAAGAGUAUCCGUUCUUCCCCCAAACCUAAACAUGACAAUGAAUCCAACAACCCUUCUGUGUUGGAAUCGCAUGUUAAAGAGCUAUUGGCCGAAGCAAAAACAAAAGAUUUUGAAAUUAGUAAACUUCGGAGUGAACUGCAGAAAUGCAAAGACAAGGAAUGUCCAAGCCCUGACAUCCCACCCUCCCUGGAAGCAUCCACGGAGGUUCAGCUGAUAGAGGGUACCAACCCUGAAGUAUUGUUAAAGGCCCUUCAGGGCAAGAACUUAUUUUUACAGAAAGAGCUUGCUCUUUUGCGUCAGGAAAAUGAAGACCUAAAGCAGAAACUGCACAGCUUAGAGCAGUCUCCUCUUUCAGAUACUAUAAGCAGCAAUGGAACUUAUAGCAGUAUCCUAUCGCCUUCUACCCAGGCGACAAGCACUGGGAGCAAGGUGAAGAGCUCUUUCACAGAAGAGCCUGAGAACAGCCAUUUGCUUGGCAGAGGAAAUGGCCUUACUAUAUCUGGUUCAUCAAGCAGUGAUGUCACUAAAGCCUCCCUUUCUCCUGACUCGGAUUUUGAGCACCUAGCUGAUGUGCCUUCCAGACCUGGGUCAUCUGGAAGUAUUGCAUGCCAAGGCUCAAAAUGUUCGACUAGUGGUAGCUCCCCAAAUAACAUUAGUGAACUCUCUGUAGCCUCAUUGACUGAAAAAAUACAUAAGAUGGAAGAAAACCAACAUAGUACUGCAGAGGAACUUCAAGCAACACUACAGGAACUCUCUGAUCAAAAUCUAAUGGUACAGGAGCUAACGUUAGAAAGUGAAAAGCUUGUGGAAGAAAAAGCUUUUCUGGAAACCUCCCUACAGCAGCAAAGACAAAGGGCAGAUCAGCUGAGUCAGGAAAAUGAGAAGUUGAUGGCCCUUCUCCAAGACAGGGCAAAGACAGAGCAAACACAGGUUCAAAGCAAACUUACAGAGGUAGAAAAGAAAUACUCAGAGCUUGUGGAAAAGUCUCAGUUUGAAAGGGAAAAAUUGCUCAAUAUUCAGCAACAACUUACCAGUAGUUUGAGAAGCCUCGAAAAAGAACACCAGGAGGCUCAGGUGAUGACAAAAAGACUGAAAGAAGAAACUGGACAAAUGCAAAAUCUCCUUGAAACUGAGAGGAAAGAGAAAAGUGGUGUCGCCAAGACAGUGGAAGACCUAAAAGUCACCAUUGAAGGUUUUAAAAUUGAAGGCAGCUGUUUAAAGGCUCAACUAGAUGGUGAGCGCCAUAAAGUGGCUGAAAUGACAGCCAUGGGAAACACCCCCGAGAACUGUGAGGUUCAAGAAAUGCUGAAUUCUACUUACAAGGAGAAAGAACAUCUAGAAAUGACAUGUUCCGAACUUCGCCAAGAGCUCUUAAGAGCCAGCAGUGAAGUCAAGCAGUUACAGUGUCUUCUGGCUAAGGUGGAAACGGAGUGCCACGACCUGAAGCAGCUGGGAGACCAGAGAGAGGAACAACUGAAAUGUGCAAACCUGAAGCUUCAGGAGAAGAGUUCUGAGAGAGAAACAGAAAUCAAGGACAUGAAGGACACCAUUUUUGAGCUGGAGGAUCAAGUGGAGCAGCAUCGUGCUGUCAAACUUCAUAACAACCAGCUCAUCAAUGAUCUGGAAAACAAAGUUGACAAACUGGAAGAACAAAAACAAGAUCUGGAGAGACAAUUAAAGGGCCUUUACAAGCAGAUGAAGGAGGAUGCUGAAGAAUGGAAGCGAUUUCAAGCAGAUUUACAGACGGCAGUGGUGGUUGCCAAUGACAUUAAAUGUGAAGUUCAGCAGGAAUUGCGGGCUGUAAAACGAAGGCUGCACGAGGAAGAAGAGAGGAACGCCCAGCUUUAUGGAGAACUAGAAGACAUGAAGGGCAGCAGGAAGGUAUUGCUUGAAGAUAAUCCAGUAGAUGGGGAUGAUUCAAUCCGAUGGCAGGGAAUUGGGAUCAACCAAGUAUCAAACUCUUCUAGCGACCUUUCAGCUACAGUGAAAUCUUUAAUCAAAUCGUUUGACACGGGUCCCCAAGGUGGUGCGGGUCCCAACGUUCCUACUCAGUCCACCCCUCGCAGUCCUCUGAGUGGGAUACCAGUGAGGACAACUCCGGCUCUUGCUGUAUUGCCAAUGCAGCGACUCUCUGCUUCCAGCCCUUUGAAGCUCUCAAGUAAAGAUUUGGAGAAGCAAUUAGAUUUUACAGAUAAAGUGAAGGUGCAGAGAGAUGACCAUACUCCAGACCGUUUUCCCCGCAAGAGCCCCUCCCUGGAGUCUCUCAAUACUGCAUUGGGCUUUGGGUCAAGAACAUCUUCACCCUUUGCACUGGAACCCGUGUCGCCUCAGAGCAAACUCAGUGUGGAAAGGAAAGAUCCCUUAGCUGCCUUAGCCAGAGAAUAUGGAGGCUCCAAGAGAAAUGCUUUGCUCAAGUGGUGUCAGAAAAAAACUGAGGGUUAUUCGAAUAUCGAUAUAACAAACUUCAGCAGCAGUUGGAGCGACGGCUUGGCUUUCUGUGCCCUUCUUCACACAUAUCUGCCAGCUCAUAUACCAUACCACGAGCUCAACAGCCAAGACAAGAAAAGGAAUCUAAAAUUGGCAUUUCAAGCUGCUGAAAGUAUAGGAAUAAAGGCCAGUCUGGACCUGAAUGAGUUGAUGUUCACUGACCGUCCAGAUUGGCAGAGUGUGAUGCACUAUGUGUCUCAAAUCUACAAAUACUUUGAGACCUAAAGGAAAGAUUGUGAAAGAGCGAUCACUACAAAGGAAGCACAUAUUCACUUUAUCAACCAGGUCCUUGCUAGUAUACACAAAUCUUCUUCCUAUUACAAGACCUGGCUUUCUAAUGGAACUUUUCUGUGCACUGUGUUUACUGUUGGUGGCAUGUGCCACCAUAAGUCUAGCGGCAUCCCAGUCUCCAUGCCAAUGGCUUGGGUUUGCUACUGUGUAUACCCUCACCCCCCCCCCUCCCCAAAUAAUAAGAUGUGCCAUAUAUAUUCCAGUACUGCCACAUAAAGUCCAGUGGAAGGUGCAGUUACUGACCUUGGGUCACCAAAACUGUUUUAAUAUCCAUUCUUCAUCUCCUUGAUGCACACAGCUUUUCAAAACAAAGCCAUGAAAAAAUACCUUUUUCUGCUGGUCACAGAAACGUUUUUAUCACCUUUCUACAAAGUGUAACUUCUGCCAUAUUAACUGUACUAAUCAUUUUGCUAAACAUGUACAAUGGUUGUGGACUUUAGGAGGUGCCUGAUUUCAGAAUGCUGACCAUAGACCUUUGGAAAACAAAAUUUGUACUGCUCAACCCAGUGAGCAGAUCGUUCCACACAGGGUGCUAACGAGUUGAAAGUUUCAUUUUCGGAACAUCAGACGUAUCCUGCAUGAGACAUGCACACCUCUCCAGGCUGUAAUGAACACUCACUCACUCAAGAGUUUACGCGCACGUUAACCUCUUCACUGCCAGAAGCACGUGGCAACAAGACCAACCAAGCAUUUGGAAUGGAGCUUGUUUUGUUAAUAUAUGCAAUGACCAUAAAGCCAAGAAAGUCACUUUCUAUAGCCAGGGGACUGUGAUCGUAUACAAUGGGACUUGCCAGCCAAUGGCACCCAUAUGUUCUCUGAAUUGUAGCAUCUCAUAUUGUUCCAGAUUGGGCGUGUUGUAAUAAAGAUAAGCGGUUAGACUUUUGAAAUAAAAUAUAGCUAAUAUUAAGUGUU